AUGGCAAAAAAUACCGCAAAAACCAUUUACUCUGAAAGUUUAGCUCUGGAAGACGGCUCUGAAUAUAUGGGGCAUCAUAUAGAUGGAAUCCCAAAUGGUCUUGGAAUUAUGAAAUGUCAGAAUGGAGAUAUUUAUAAAGGACAUUUCGCAAUGGGCAAAAAAGAAGGAAAUGGGCAAAUGUCCUCGAAUAUCGGAAAUAUUUAUACUGGCAGCUGAAAAAAUAAUCUCAAGCAUGGCUAUGGGAUUUAUAAGAAUACUAAUGGAGAUGUUUAUAGAGGAAAUUUUCAAAAUGAUUUGAAAAAUGGAAAAGGAGAAAUGUACUGAAUUAAUGAAGACUCUUAUGUUGGGCACUGAAAAGACGAUAAGCAGGAUGGAUAUGGAAUUCUGAAAAAUUCAAUAUUUGAAUAUCAAGGGCAAUUUUGUGAUGGAUUUCCUGAAGGCCAGGGGGAAAUUUAUUGAAAAUCCGGAGCGUUUUAUAAGGGUGAAAUGAUAAGUGGAGAAAUAAGUGGCUAUGGAAGAUAUGAAUAUAAAGAUAAAAGCUCAUAUUUUGAGGGGGAAUUUGCUGGAGGAUUCCCACAAGGCUAUGGAGAGCUUCACAACAAGCAAUGACAUUACCAAGGGGAAUUUAAUAAUGGCCAAAGACAAGGAUAUGGAAUUUUAACUAUUUUUGAAGGCUCAAGAUAUGAAGGAUGAUGAAAGAACAAUAAAAUGUUUGGAAAAGGGUGCAUAGCAUUUAAAGAUGGCAGGAUUUAUAUAGGCGAAAUCAAUGAUUCUAAGCCAAAUGGAAAUGGAGAAUGCACAUAUGCUGAUGGCAGCUGGUACAAUGGGAGCUGGAUCGAUGGGAAAAGGUUUGGAAAAGGCAACUAUACAGGCACAGAUGGAAUGCGAUAUAUAGGGGACUGAAUAAAUGAUAUGAGAGAUGGAGUUGGUCAUUCAGUAGAAAUUGAUAAUAAUGGACACUUUGAUGUUUAUGAAGGCGAAUGAAAAAAGGAUAAGAAAAAUGGGAUUGGCAAAUGCUCUCAUUUUGAAGAUGGAAAAAAGAUCAUUGAAAUUGAAGGAGAAUGAAAUAUGGGGAAAUUUGUCAAUAAUUCUAUAUUAUAA